CCCUACCGCACCUACAGGCCGUUUUCAUCCAUUCACAUCUUACAGUGUGGAAAAUGUCAUUUUUACAGGCAUUUUUUCUGUAUUACUUUCGCAUAUUGGCUAAUUAAUCACCGUUAAUAUGCUCGCCCUUUAAAUGGUCAUACCUGAAAAUAUCCCGUUGACCAGCAGACUUCAGCGGUGAGCUGGAUUCCUGUUGGACAGGAUCUGGAGUCUUCUCUUCUAUUAGUAUUGACAGUUUGUGUUAAUAAAUUGACUAGAUACUGACCAGCAAUAUUUAUAUUUAAAUAUAGCUACUGACUACAAUUUUGUAAUUUAGAAGUCGCAAACAAGCCCUGAAGUUAGCUGUCAUUUGGAUUUUGAGGAACGUCUAUUCCUGCAGUUACGGUGCCAGUGCUUGGCCAGAAAGGACGAAAUCGUCGUAGCCUACACAUCAUAAGUUUAUUGAACAUGAAGGAGAUAUGCGGAGUCCUUGUUUUUCUCCUCACUCAAGCUGCCUUGGCCUCAAGAGACCCAGAGGUGGUUUGCUCUUCUGAUCCAGUGGAAGCUGCAGUCAGUGAGGACGUGAUUCUGCAGUGCCACCUUGAACCCCCACUGGAUGCAACAGAUAUGACAGUGGAGUGGAGUCGUGGGAGCCAUAACCAGUUUGUACACCUGCAUCAAGACGGAAAAGACAGUCCUGCAGAGCAGAAGGAGCACUUUGAAGGAAGAACAUCUCUCUCUCAUGAGGGUCUGACCAAAGGAAACCUGUCACUGAAACUCUCCUCAGUACAGCUCUCUGACGCUGGAAGAUACAGAUGCUCCUUUCACACUGAAAAAGUGCACAAGAGUUGUUAUGUUAACCUCACUGUUGAAAAUACAAACAACACUCAAGAGCAACACGCAGCUUUCAGUCAGGACAGUAGCAUAGGCAGUUACGCUGGCAUUAUCACUGUGAUUGUCAUCCUCAUUGCCAUUUUUUGCUUUGUCAUUAGCACAGUAGGUGGAGUGAACUGUGUCACCGGUAAGUCAUUAAUCUCUCCUCAAGUUUCCCAUUUUAAAUUUGCAUUUGAAAGUGUUUGUAGAGAAACAAAAUCUCUAAAGCCCUGGACAUACUUGCUUUUAACAAUGCAAACGCGUACGCAAGAUGGCUGCCACGCUUAUCCUGCGUUCCUUUGAAGCGUAGGUUGUGCACGUCCCCAGAAAUUAACGCUACGCGUCUGCGAGAUGCUAUUCAUCACAUGAACGUGGGGGGAGGUCAGCUGCGAUCUCCUGUUCCACACACCAGCCCUGGUGGCAAAAGAAGAAGGUCAGCAGCAGACUUUAAAAAGAUUUAUGGCGAGAUGUUUACAAUAAAACACCUGGAGCUAGUCCGCAAUUACCAAGAUCAUUAUGAUGUCUCAUUAAAAUCUCAACCUCCUCGAGAUUUGCAUUGUUUGGUUUAUUUACGAUGUGCAAAUUCAGAGGAAUGAUCCGGCCCUGAUCUGCCCCCUAGUGGAUUCACAUUUAAUCCUCCAGGUACACGCAAAGUACGCAGGCAAGUAUGUGAACAAUGCCGUUUGUGUCACCCACGCCUGUCUACGCCCAUGUGUUAAAAAGCAAGUAUGUGGGGGGCUUAAUGUUACAUAAAGAUGGAGCUCAAAAGUUAAUUGGGGGAGUGGACCUAUUGGUCAUAAGACAAAUGAUGGAUGUGGGGAGUUUCUUCAAACGUAGAAAAGCAUUUUUCGCAUCAGAUGACAGUGUCACAUUAUUCAUUAUACUGCAUUAGCAGAAACAUUAGAGAAAAACUUGAGAAACACAAACGUCUUUGAAUUCCUAAUUAUGAACAAAAAGGCUUCUGAACCACUGUUAACUUUCACUUUGUGACAUUUCAAAUUUUCUUUCCCUGCAGCUUCUUUAAAGGCUUAAAUAACCUGCCAUUUAUUUGAAGCAGCUGCUGCCAGGGUAUCACAUACUGUAGAGUCUCGAUCAAGUAGAUACAGUAUAGUGUAGUUAGCUAAACUUAACCAUACGUUAACCAGAGUGGGAAGAGAAAAUGCUCACCAGUCGUUUUGAAAUGUACUAACACAUGACUUGUUUUGUUGUUUAGGUUCUGCGUGUGAAUGUACAGGAUUGUGUUUGGAGGCAUGUAUGGAGGGGUGUAUGUCUACGUGACAACAUCUGGAACACUUUUAAGAAGCUCUGGCUACAGUAGUACUUGGUUUUGCACUGUUUUUUAUUCCAUCCAGAGAUUUAUCAGGUGACUUCACAAGUUAGUUUCUGGGAAACGCUCCUGGUUUUGCAGGAGCUACAAAGUUAAAUUCUCUUAUAUUUGAUGUAAAUGUUGUAGCCUAUUGUUCAGACAAAGUAUUCUCCUAAAGGGAAAUUCCACUGAUUUUUUGUUUACACUUUUAUUUAAUGUUUAUUUUUAUAGUGACAAGUCAACACCAUUAACCAGUGCCACUUGCAUUUAUAGACUCCGGUAGUUUGCAAGACUGAACAAAAACUACUUUACAUUAAAGGGGCAUUAUGGAGUUUCCAGCAGCCACUGGCAGUACGGUUUUAAGAUUACAACCAGGCGUGUGCUCGUACACACGUGCUCGCUUGAACUCAUGAGCGAGCAUAAUCCAAAACACAACCGCUUUCAUACAGAAAUCCUGCAAUAAACACAGGAGCACCAGCACGCAGGCUGUGGCUUUUCACUCAGACAUGUUCAGGCUCUGUUACUUGAACGCUCCCGUCUCAGACGCAGAUCAACACCGGCUCCGUACUUUUCAUUCAGCACAGUAUUCCCGGAAAAAGGCAAAGUGAGAGCGGCUAUAGACAGGCAGGGAGAUUCACACAACAUGGUGGAAACUCACUCAGGUAAAGUCCCACUGCAACGUUGCAGUACUAGUUUUAUCAGCUGCAGGUUGAACUAAUCCAUGCUCAUUAGCUGAUCAUGGUACAUUUACUGCAUUUAUCCGACGUGUUACAUUGUGAGCUCGCCUGCUGCUUUCAGUAACUGACUUUACCAGCUGUGUAUCUGUCACUGGAGGCUCAGCGAUGUCAGCACAGCUACAUGUAUUGGAUGAUAACGAAACGAGUAAUGAGCUGGACUGAAUAUUAUAAGGAGAUUGUGUCACACUUUAUAACUGUUAGACCGCAGUAAGUAACUUUACUGUAGUGUGA